AUGGCCGCCGCCGACGUUCGUGACAUGCUGGAUUUGCCCGCGGAGAGCCAUCCUCGACCUCAUAAGAAACAAAAAGUGGUCGAGAAAAGGCCAGAGGGUAUCACUCGCGAGCUCUACGCCCUUUUGGGCGAAAGGGCCCCUCCCAUCGCCAUCAAUGAGAAUCGUUACAAAGGACGCCCCAAGUGGAUGAGUAAGUUGCGGGUUCGUCCAUGGCGCUUGACCCCGUUCUCCAACGACGCCCGGUCCGACGGUCUUAUCCUACGCCACUGGCAGAGACAGCAGGAAACCGCAAAACCCGCUGCACAGGAUGAAUCCGAGAUGGAGAUAGACGGACAAAUGCAAGAAGAAGGCGCUCCCAAACCAGCUGACCAGCAGUAUGCGUUUGCAAAGUACAAUAUCAAACCCCGGGUCGCGAACCGAUAUACCGAUGAAGAGUACAACCGCCACUUGAAGAGCGACGACUGGUCACGGAAGGAAACCGACUACCUGAUGGACUUGGUUGAAGAAUACGAUCUACGAUGGAUGGUGAUCGCUGAUCGCUACGACUAUCAGCCGCACCCCGUCGAUGGAGAAACGAAUGCCAGUGCGCUCGUGCCGGCCAAGCAAUGUCGCACCAUGGAACAGAUGAAAGCGCGGUAUUAUUUUGUUGCAGCCUCGAUGCUGGCCCUCGAACACCCGCCCUCAGAGAUGUCGGAGGCGGAAUUUGAACUGCACGAGAAGAUGAUGAAAUUUGACGCCGACCGUGAGCGGGCCCGAAAGGAUCUUGCAUCACUGCAGCUGAAUCGCACGGCGGACGAGGUGCGCGAGGAAAGCAUACUCCUGGAGGAAUUGAAGCGUAUUACCGCCAAUGAGCAGGAGUUCCUUGCCGAACGCAGAGAGCUCUAUGCACGCCUCGAGGUUCCGAUCAGCGUGGGCAACACCACCAUGUAUCAAUCCAGUCAAGGGCUAUCCCAACUCCUACAGACGCUCCUACAGGCCGACAAGAGCAAGAAGAGACGGACGAUACUUGGCCCCGAAGGGACGGUACCGAGCCCGGCUGGACAAACUCCUGCUCCGAACGCAGCGGGCGCCCGUGAAAGUCGUGCUGAUACUCCAAGCUCCGUAGCCCCUGCACCCACGAACAAAAAAGCGGCUGCUGCUGCCGCGGCCGCCGCAGCGAACAAAGAUAUGCAGCAAGCUGUCAAGACCCUCACACCGGCCGAAGAGGCCAGGUACGGAGUACAGCAUCACGAACGAUUGGCUCCAAGCGUACAAUUCCGGAGUGACCGGGCCCAGAAGUUGACGCAGGCCAAAUCCAACGUCCAGACCCAGAAGUUGGCCGCCGCCCUCGCAGAGCUGGAGAUACCCCUCCGACUGGUUAUGCCCACGGAACGGGUAUGCAAGGAGUUCGAAAAACUUAUCCACUCAGUGAAUCUGCUGCUGGAUGCGCGUAAGGCGGCCGAGAAGGUAGACAGUGAAAUACGCGUCCUCGAGGCCACUAGGGAGGAAAGGGAGCGGAGAGCACGAGAGGCGAGGGAGAAGGCAAACCCGGAGGUGAAGGCUGAACAGGAUGAUGACUCCGUACCACAAGCAAGCGCAGGACCCGAGUCUGCAUCCGGCGCCUUGGCCGGUGCCCCUUCGAGCACCGCAGGUGAAGCGGACAGCAAAGCCGCCGAAUCUGGUGGUGACACCAGUCGCGGUCCUGCUGCUGAUACUACACCGAUGAAGGAUCGAGAGGGCCAUCCUCAUAAACGCUCUGCCAGUGUCCUGAGUAACUCGAGCGAUAAAAGUACGAAGCGACAGAGGAAGUAA